CGGACGGUCGUAAAAGUGUCACUGCUUCACAACUUACUUCACCAGAAUUCCGAAAUGUCACCCAUGGCGAUCGAACCAGCAGGCGAUCCUGAGCACGGCGCUUUCGAUCGCAAUGACAAUGCCGAUGCUGUGGUCAGAUCGAUCAAUGAGACACAUGUCACUUACAAGCGCUUGGGCAAGACUGGACUUCGUGUUUCUGUUCCGAUACUGGGAUGCAUGAGUCUUGGUGACAAGCACUGGGUGCCAUGGGCUCUAGAGGAAGACAAGGCCCUGCCGUUGCUCAAAGGCGCUUUCGACCUCGGGUUGAAUUGCUGGGAUACAGCUAAUGUCUACUCCAACGGCAAAAGUGAGGAGAUCAUCGGCAAAGCAAUCAAGACUUACCAGCUGCCGCGGCAUAAGCUGGUCCUGUUGAGCAAAUGUGGCGGCUACGUUGGGGAGGCUCCAAAUGUCAAAGGCGACAGAUACGAGAACGCCAUCUCCAGAUCCAAGGACUAUGUCAACCAGGGCGGUCUGUCCAGAUCUGCCAUAUUCGAGCAGGUUGAGGCCAGUCUAAGGAGGCUGGAUACAACGUAUCUGGAUGUGCUUCAAAUCCACCGCUUCGAUCCAAAUACACCGAUAGAAGAGACCAUGAAGGCGCUGCAUGACCUGGUGAGCAUUGGAAAGGUUCGGUACCUGGGUGCCUGCUCGAUGUACACCUAUCAAUUCGCUCAGAUGCAAUUUGUUGCAGAGAAGAACGGAUGGACCAAGUUUGUGAGCAUGCAGAAUCACUACAGCCUUUUGUACCGUGAAGAAGAGCGGGACAUGAUCAGGUUCUGUAAUGAGACCGGAGUUGGCCUCAUCCCGUGGGCACCGCUCGCUAGCGGUAUGCUUACACGACCAGCUACGCAAAAGGUGCCAGAGGGUGAUCGAGCGAUCAUCAACAGAGUGCAGGAAGUGGCCGAGAAACGGGGCUGGAGGAUGUCGUAUGUGGCCCUGUCGUGGAUCAAUAAGCGGGUGAGCGCGCCGGUGAUCGAUUUUGACAGAAUCGAUCGGAUAGAGGAAGCACUUGCGACUAAAGAUAAGGAGCUCACGGCGGAGGAGGAGAAGUACGUCGAAGAGUUGUACAAGGCGAAGGAUGUGGAGGGCAUUCCCAGCCAGCGUUAGUCCUUUGAUAGUCGUCCUCAAUUCUCAUCUCG